UUCUCACGAAAAAAAAAAAUUACAUAAGCUCUCGCCGGUCAUCGUUCUGUUCUCAACCCAGACCCCUUAAUAAACCCUAGCAAGUCCCCUCCUCUGUAAAAUCCCGGGCAAAUCGACGGGAUGAGACGGGGCGCGAGCAUCGCAUGUCAACACCUCAAGAUUGCUCGGGAUCUCCUGCUGCGGCAGCGGGAGGUAGCCCAUUAUUGUUCCGAGGGUGCUGCUGCUUCUUCUUCAAUCUUUAUUAACGCUGAUAUACGUCCAAAAAUUGGAAUGCGCUUUUUUUCUUCAAGCAUGACUACGUUUAAGGAUCUGAGGACCGUUAAAGACGACUCAUUUACACUCUGGGAACAAUAUGGAAAACAAUGCAUGCUUUGUCAUUCAGUCAGAACAAUAGCAUCUGAUAGUUCACAAUCGUCAGGGCCAAAAUCACAGGAGGGGACUAGAAAAGAUAUAUCCACCGUUGAUGAUCCAUUUGAUGCUCCCACAUAUCAUAUUCCUGAAAAGCCAGUUACCUUCACAGAAGGUGCUUCAUACAGUGUUAUAAUACUUGCUGGUCUUGGAGUUGCAGGGUUUGCUGCUUAUGCUGUUUUCAAGGAGCUAAUCUUCGAGCCUAAGGAGUACAAAAUUUUCGGGAAGGCUCUGGAAAGGAUUCAACAUGAUAGUCAGACAUUCUCUUCUUGGCCUUGUCAGGUUUCUGUCAGAAUUGGUUCUCCUGUUACUGGAUAUGGGUCAGAAAGCAGAAAUCGUGCUGCUCGCCAACGCAUUCCUAAUAGGGUUUGGACUGACGAAGAUGGCAUUGAGCAUGUUGAGGUAAAUUUCUACAUUCGAGGGCCUCAUGGUGCUGGCAAGGUGUAUACAGAAAUGUUCAAGGACAGUUCCGACAACAAGUGGAAAUUCACCUACCUCAUUGUUGAGAUUAAGUCACCGUCUCCGGUUAAAUUGUUGUUGGAAUCAUAUGUUCCGGCUUAAAAUUUACUGUUUUACAGUUUUAGCUUGAUCCUCUGCUCUGUGAUAAAGUAUAUGCCUGCCACUCUCUUCCAUGAUGUUCCACGAUUACACAAAUCAGAUGAUAGGAUUUGGAUAGAGGGGCAAGCAGGUUUUAUUUACAGGGGGUAAAAGGUGCAAAUAAUUUGGCUGUAUCUUUUCCUUUUCUUUUUAUCGUUUGUCAUCAUUUCUUGUUGCAGCCAGAACAUAAUUGUAUGAUGUCCGAACUUUUGUUCUCGCUGUUUGCAGCCAAUGUCACUGAUGUUGAUCUGAAUGAAUGACUGAUUUGUUAUAGAUGAAGAGUAAUUCAGAUCAGGACGUGGCUUAAUGCC